AUGGCCGAUGGUGAAGAGGAGCUCUGCGUUUGCCUGAGUUUCAACAGCUAUUCGACAGAUGGAAUUGCAGAAAUUGCUGCAAAAGUUACCGGAAUUAACACAAACGACGCUGUAGAAGAUGAGAACGAUGCAGACAAUAACUACGAUGAUGAUUUUGAAUUUGCUUUGGUAGGUGAAAAUCAAGGGUUUUCGGCCGAGGAGCUCUUCUAUGACGGCCAAAUCAAGCAAGUUUUUCCCGUAUUUAACCACGAUCUUUCGGUUAAAUAUGAAUAUUUUGGAAAAAGUUCAUCUGAUGAAGGAGUGGAGAGUAUUAGAAUUCCUUUGAAGAAGUUAUUUAUGGAAAAUCGCGAGAAUGAGUAUCCUUCAUCAUCCUCAUCGGAAGCCGAUGAAUUGGAGACUAUACCUCCUGGAACGUACUGCAACGGGGAAAUGGCCGAUGGUGAAGAGGAGCUCUGCGUUUGCCUGAGUUUCAACAGCUAUUCGACAGAUGGAAUUGCAGAAAUUGCUGCAAAAGUUACCGGAAUUAACACAAACGACGCUGUAGAAGAUGAGAACGAUGCAGACAAUAACUACGAUGAUGAUUUUGAAUUUGCUUUGGUAGGUGAAAAUCAAGGGUUUUCGGCCGAGGAGCUCUUCUAUGACGGCCAAAUCAAGCAAGUUUUUCCCGUAUUUAACCACGAUCUUUCGGUUAAAUAUGAAUAUUUUGGAAAAAGUUCAUCUGAUGAAGGAGUGGAGAGUAUUAGAAUUCCUUUGAAGAAGUUAUUUAUGGAAAAUCGCGAGAAUGAGUAUCCUUCAUCAUCCUCAUCGGAAGCCGAUGAAUUGGAGACUAUACCUCCGGGAACGUACUGCGUAUGGAGGCCUAAAGUCUCCGAGGCCUCGCCGAGUCAAUGUAAAAAGAGCAAGUCCACCGGAUCGGCAUCGAAGCGGUGGAAAUUUCUCGAUUUGCUCCGCCGGUGCAACAGCGAUGGCAAGGACUCUUUCGUCUUUUUAACACCGAAACACAAAGAAGAAAAAUCAAAAGCAAUUGAAAAUUCCAAAAAUUCAAAGGCGAAGCGAGUCAUCUCCGGCGAGAAAUCGGCGGCUAAAUCACCUCAUGAAAUAUUUUAUGUACUUAACAGAACAAUAAAGGAAGGUGAUAAGAAGAAAUCGUAUUUACCGUACAGGCAAGAUCUAGUAGGAGGAUUAGGCAGGAGUUUUCCAGCCUUCUAG